AUGGAACUGAGCAAACCUCAAUUCGGAGCCUCUUCCUCUUCAUCUUCUUCUUCCACCCGUUUGUUCACACAUGAUGUCUUUCUGAGCUUUAGAGGUGCGGAUACGCGCAACAAUUUCACAGGCCAUUUGUACAACUAUUUGGUUAACAAGGGAAUUAACACCUUCAUAGAUAAUGACCUUACAAGGGGAGAAGAUAUAACGAAGGAGCUUCUCGACGUAAUUGAAGGAUCAAGGAUUUCCAUUGUUGUGUUUUCUGCGAAUUAUGCAUCUUCGAAGUGGUGCUUGGAUGAACUUGUCAAGAUCUUUCAAUGUAAAGAAUCCAAGCAACAAAUCGUUUUCCCAAUUUUCUACAAGGUAGAUCCUUCGAAGAUACGAUACCAGAAGGGCCAGGUUGGUGAGGCAAUUGCUCACCUUAGCAAAUGCAAGGAUAACUCAGAGAAGGUGGAGAGUUGGAAGGCAACUCUUACACAAGCAGCAACUUUGUCUGGGUGGCACAUCUCGGAUGGAGGGCAUGAAGCGAAUGUUAUUGAUGAAAUUGUUAAAGAGAUAGCAACCAAACUAAUGAAAUGCACCCCUUUAGAUGUGGCAUCAUAUCCUGUUGGAAUAUAA